GAGACGCAGCAGCACAUAGUAGAAAUCGGUGUUCCUGACAGGUUCGAACAGAGUGCGGCGCGACCACCAUGGAACUACAACACGGACGGUAGUGAAGUGCUGUUUUUCCUUGCUGUAGUUUCAGACGAGGUGGAACAACAGUGCUGUAGGGAGGCAGCGACAGCUCGAGGGAUAAGCUGACAAAAAACGUGAAAAAUGAAGAAUAAAAUCGAGCACCUGCGACAAUGAGCCCGUCUAAAACCGAUUCCAGAAGAUGUGUGCGGCCGCCGCACUUCGAUAUCCUAUGGUUGCCCCGUGCAGCAAUGAGGUCCGUGGAGGGCGAUCCGUCAGACUGCGUCCUCGUCGUGGGAGUCUCCCGGCCGAAGAUGGCCCUGGCCAUCCUCACCGUCAUGCUAAUCUCCCUCUUCUUGACUUUCCACAUGAUCUACGACAGCGCCCUUAGCAGCCUCCAGACGAACGCCCGAGACCACACCCGGCCGCCGCUGCUGCUGCUCUCCAGGAGGCUGUACCCGGCGGCGGCGCGCCGCCUGCCCCAGGCCAUCAUCAUGGGGGUGCGGAAGUGCGGGACCAGGGCGCUGCUCGAGAUGCUCUAUUUGCAUCCGAUGGUGCAGAAGGCUUCCGGAGAGGUGCAUUUCUUCGACAGGGAUGAGAACUACAACAAAGGCCUGGAGUGGUAUCGGAUGCAGAUGCCGCAUUCCUAUCACGGCCAGAUCACGAUCGAGAAGAGUCCCAGUUAUUUUGUUACGCCGGAAGUCCCGGAGCGGAUCCGCGCGAUGAACGCCAGCGUGAAGCUGCUGCUAAUAGUCCGGGAGCCGGUGACCAGAGCCAUAUCGGACUACACCCAGCUGCGGGCCAACGCCGCGACCGCCUCCCCCACCACCUCCAGCCCGCCCCCCAGGUCCUUCGAGAGCCUGUCGGUGUUCCCCAACGGCUCCAUCAACGAGGCGUACCGGCCGCUGGCCAUCUCCCUCUACCACAACUACCUGCACCGGUGGCUGGAGGUGUUCCCGCGGGAGCAGAUCCUGGUGGUGAACGGCGACCUCCUCAUCGAGGACCCCGUGCCCCAGGUCCAGAAGAUCGAGCGCUUCCUGGGCCUGGAGCCGCGCAUCGGCACGCACAACUUCUACUUCAACGAGACCAAGGGCUUCUACUGCCUGCGGAACGAGACCUCGGACCGGUGUCUGAGGGAGACCAAGGGCCGGAAGCACCCCAGGGUCGACCCCAACGUCGUCGGCAAGCUGCGCAGGUACUUCGGGGAGCACAAUCAAAAGUUCUACGAGCUUAUUGGCGAGGACCUCGGCUGGCCUGAAGAAUAAUUGUUUAGUUGUUAGUUUAAGCCGGGUCGGGGUCACUGUAUAUGCUAGGUGCGGUAGAGUAGGUCCACCGGGGUGGGGGGAUGCAAUGACUACACCGUGUAGAGGCGAGGAAUUUUCUUCUUAAUAAGCACAAUUGAUGAAAGCGGAGUUUGCGAGGUAAAAAGGCGGCCUUAAUGCGUAGUGAAUUAUAAAUCAGACGGCGCACGAGGCGGAGCUUUUCUCCGUGGGAAAGUUUGUUAGGAAGGGGAUGAUAGUGUUUAAAAGUAGGCGACUUCCUGCUGGUUACUUAUUGCAAACAUUCUCGCUCCAUACUCGAAGUAACAAUAGCCGAAGAGAGCACAAAGUGUGCACAAUUAUUGCUCAAUUCAUAGUCGAAGACAAAGGAAACGGAUACAUAUCACAAAGUACAGGCACUUGAAAUGAAAAUGACGCCGCCGUAAAGACCAGAGACCGGAAACUAGUUUGGAAUUUUUUUGUUGACAAACAAUACAAUUUUCAAGUUUGAAAAAAUUUUCUGUUAGCGAAUUUGGUUUAAUUCAUUUUUGGAUCAAAUACCUAUUCAUUUAUUUUAUAAGAUUUGGUCAAAAAACGUCCAACAGCCACUAAGAUCAGUUGAAAUUAGUGGUCGAUUUACUCAAUUUUUGUACGAAAUUGUAUCAAAAGUAAAUAAAAAAAACUAAUUUUGACAUUGUUUACUUACUCUUAUCUAGCUGAAAAAAAUCACUAACUCAGAUAGAAAUUGAUUUAAUUUAGCUCAUUUUGCUCGAUUCAGUUCGAUUUUGAACAAAAAAUUAAUUGUACUAAAAUUUUUCAAAUCAAAUUUUUGCCAAAAAAGUUGUAUUUUUUUGCGAGAUUUCGCUAGAGAAGACCGAAAAAGCACCAAGUUAAGUCUAGCACUAUAUAGUUCUUUUUUUUGAAUGUAUGAGUGUAUUAGUGUAAGCUGUAAAAUUACCAAAAUUUACAAAAAAAUGUAUUAUUUUUGUGUCUUUUUAGAAAAUUUAAGCACUUUGUUUGAGGUCGCAACUAAAGUUUUUCGAAAGAUUUUGUUAACAUUGGCUGAAAAAUCAGAAAAUUUGGUCUAGAUUGAUGUUAAUUUAGCUUAUUUUGCGCGAUUUGUUAGUGCCAAGGCUUUAUUUGAUCAUUUGUUUCGCCGAUCUAGUUUGUUUUUGAAUGACAUUACUUCAAAAAUGACACGAAAAACUAGAAGUUGGGACAAAAAAUGCAUUAUUUUUAUGGUUUUUAAGUAAGGAAAGUUUACAGUUAAACUUUGAAAAAGUUAAAAAAGGGAAUAAAACUUGAAAAAUUUAAACUCAAAAAGAAAAGAAAAUACCUAUCAGUAAAUUUAUUCUUUUCUGAACGUUUUGAUGCUGUUUACACUAUUACAGCCAGUACAAGAUUAUCUCUUAAAAUUUUAUUAAAAAAAAUAGGCUGAAAAGUGUGUUAAAUCUGCGUUAUUCGAUUUUUUUGAGCCAAAAUCUACCCUUAACUUGAAACAAUCGCUAAAAGUAGAUGCAGAAAAAUAUUUCAACCAAAAAUUUAUUUAUUGUACAACCUGUUACAACAACAAGUUUUGGUCAAAAGUAAUGAUAUUUCUGCCUUUCUUGACCAUUUAGGCACGUUUUUUCCCUAGAUUUUGCAAGAGGGGAUAAAAAAAUUACCAAUUUGAAUGCAAAAUUAUUCUGUUUUUGCUUCUUUGAGAACGUUUAUCAGCCAGAAACUGAAUUAUUUUAUUAAAUUUUGUUAAAAACAGACCGAAUAGUCACCCCAAUAAUAUAACAAAUGGGUGUACAAGGUUUGAAGUAAAACAAAGUUUUCUCGAAAGUUUUACAUAAAAUUCAAUAAAAAAUCACUGAAAGAAUGAAUGAACUUGGUGUUAUCUUUUUUAAGUGGAGACUGAUUUUCUUUGCAAGAACUUGUCAAAAUCCACCUAAAAAUUACAAAAUAAAUAGGAAUUAUUGUAUUUUUCUCCUGAGUUAGCUCGUUUUGGGCGAAAUUUCGCCAAAACUAGCCAUAAAACCACAACAUUUGGGCGAAAAAUUAUGUUCUGUUUUUCAGUUAAGAAUUUUAAGUUUAGAGAUUUUGCUAAGAAAACACAAAAAUCGAAAUCAUUAAUUACAUAAUUUUUGCCGUGUGUGAGUAUUUGGCACGUUUUUCAGCCAAAAACGAAAUAUUCACAAAAUUUCAUUCAAACCAAACUGAAAAAUUAAGAAAAUUAGACCGAAAUAAAUUGAAGUCUGUACUAUUUAUUUUUUCGGGUCGGAAAAUCCCGAACUAAACUAAAAAUUUUACAGAGUUAGGCUGAAAUAUAUUAAAUUGUUUUUUCGACUGGAUAACAUACCAAGUUUUUUCUCUCAAAAAAAUCGCUUACUCCUGUCAUUUUAGUUUGUUUUUGGACCGAAAAUCUUGGAAAAACAACCACAAAAUCACAAAAAUUUUGCUUGUUUCACUGGAUUUUGUAUUUUUGAGGAAAAUUUCCUCCGAAAUUUUAUUCAAACUAAACCAAAAAUUUUACAGAGUUAGGCUGAAAUAUAGUUGUUUUUUCGAGUGGUAACAUACCAAGUUUUUUCUCUCAAAAAAAACGCUUAUUCCUGUCAUUUUAGUUUGUUUUUGGACCAAAGUUCUUGUCGAAAAUUUUGCCUAUUUCACACGAUUUUUGAAGAAAAUUUCGUCCGAAAAAUGACAAUCUUAGGCCCGCUUUUGAGUUUAGUAGCUAAAUAAACCGAGCUAAAAAAAUAAUUUUUGCUUUUAAUCAGCAAGCUUUGAACAAGCCAAAGAAUGGUCAAACCUCCCUCAAAACUAGUUUGCGGGCAAGGUAGCGACCGGUCAUUUUCAUUUCACGUGCCUGUAGGUAAUACAUAUCGUAAUAAUUUAUAGAAAAUUGAUUAUUUUUUCGAAGGGCAAAUGCUUAUUGUGGACCCGGUUUUUGAGUUGGAUCAUAUUGAUCAGUGCCUUAUUUACUUUUACAAUUUCGUAGUCCACAUUGGAACUUGUUGAAGACUGGUAUUCUCGCACUUACACCGUCUGGAAAUUUUCUUUAACAUUAUUGCACACGUCACGAAGCGGUGUAAGUAUGAAAAUAUCAACACACAUUUCGUUUCGUUUAUUGCAAGCUUCACCCGAGACUCUUGAAAAUUACGUUGUAUUCUCACAUUCAACUUGUUCGCCAGGAGUUAUGUAUCUUUCUUAAUUAAAUAAUAGGGAGACGCUGAUUAACCGAACCUGCUGCUGAAGUUGCAUAGUACACAGCUCCCACAUAUCACAAAUAAAAUGCGAAUCAAUUACUUAGUCAGACGCAAAUUCAAUUGCCAGUUAACCCUUACACAAGUGUCUGGAGAAUUUUUUGGCUGUUCGGUUAGUCGGUGUCCGCUGACUAGCUUAGGGUACAAACAUAGCUUAACUUAAGUGAAAUGAGGAGGCUGCUAAAUACAUAUCAAAUAAAUAAAUUACAACACAUAUCAAAAAUGUGAUGACGAUUGAUCGAUUUUAUGUAAAUAAUGUACAACGUUAUUUUGAGAAAGAAGCACUAGUUACUGUAGCUAACUGAUUUAUUCCGUCUUUUGAUGUGAAUUAUUUGUAGUUAGAGUAGUCCAACUGAUUGCUUUGGAAAUCCGAGAUCCCUAUCAUCACGUCCUUGUAAUGUUUUCAUAUCUGUCGAUCUAACUCGUAAUAUCCUAUAUCUAAUACUCUAUAGUCUGUCACUUUUUAAAUGUUGUAGUGUCGUAGCGUAAUUAUUUUCCCAAGAUGUUUAAACAUGUAUAGAACUUCAUGCGGGUAGUUUUGCGGUUCCGUUACCGUUGAUCCACUAAGAUAAACAGUAUUUAACAAAUUUUAUGAAGAUGUUGAGCCUUUAAAUUACUAUAAAACGUUGUAUACAAGCUGCAAGACUGUUGCCAUGGACGGAGAUUCAGCGACAUCUUCAUGAAACCAUAGUCUAUGCUUGAAUAGAGAAUUGUUGAUUUCUUUAAAUUUUUAAAUGUACUAGUGAAACACUGUUAAAUAUACGCACCAACGAUGGGGUAUAAGUAACUUGUUUUGUUUUUAUAUACGAUUGAAAUUUUAGCUAAUGAAAUUUUAUAUGUGAACGAUCGCAUACAUGUUUGAAUCGAAUCCUUAGUUUUAAGACUUUCAAAUGCAAUAAUCAUUUAUACCACCGUUCAAAAAUGUAUGUGAGGCAUUUUUAAAUUAUUUCUACCUAAAAUCCAUGUAUUUGUGGGUAAAUAAAUGUGAUGAGAGCAUUGA